UUGUGCUUGCGAAGAGGCGACGAGUGAUCAAACCGAAUUUCUGAGAUCGAAACGCAACCAAGAAAAAGGCCACUUUUUGGAUACGACGACGACGUGCGUUCCUCAGAUUCGAUCCACCAAAAGCGCAACACCGUACCAGACGGAAGAGGCAUUCAUCGAGAGGACAGCAAAAAAAUCGACACCGCCAUGCUAGCUCCUCGUCCCCUGUUGCUGGCCGCAUCCAUGCUGGCAAUGGGAAGAACCCCGACCUCGGACGCGUUUUCGGUCCCGCUGCGGUCUCCGCUCGAAACCCUUCUCCCUCUCGCCGGUCCCGAACGCACGCGGGGGUUCCGGGAGCGGGCCGGAUCUCUUCCGACCGCCCUCGGAAUGUCCUCCGUUGCGAGCGAUGCGCACGAAACCACCGAAGAGCGCCAAUUCAACGUCGACACGGCCUUGUUCUGUGCCGGGCUGGCCUUUGACGCGUACGUCGAACCGGAUCCCGAUUCCUCGCGAUGGGAGCGUGGGGUAAGUUAGCCAGCCAGCUUGCCCGAGACGGCACCGGAUGCCUAGAUAGUCAUCGCGGUAGACUUGCGAUCUUUUCUUGAACGAACCACUGCAUUGUGAGAUCGACGAGUGGAAUCGAUCGAUGGUUGGUUUGUACACCACAUUUCUAAUGAAACAAAACUUUUUGCUACCUGCCAUUCUGCUAUUUUCGUUCGACUUCGUUCCGCUCUAUGUUUGCAACGGCACACGAACACCGCAACAAAACCAAUCUGCAACAACCAACACAACAACAAAAUACUCGACAAAACCAAACACAACGCAACAACAUUCGAUUCAAUCCGAAAAAUGAUGCGCAAUCCGAUGAAAUCAAACGCCAAUGAACCUACAAGUCCAAGGGAAUGAACGUGGCUUUUGUCUCGAGUGCCUUUACCCGCAAUCUUUACACCGGCAUGGUGGAGGUCACCCCAAUCGAGUGCACGGAUCUCCCGGAAGACGACGAUACCAUCGAGAAGGUUGCCUCGGGGGAUGGCGUGGACGCCUGCCUCAUGUGCGCCGUUGUGGAGGGAUCCCUGUGGAAGGAGGACCUCACUGUGCUGGACAAGGAAUCCAACCACAAUGGGAUCUUUUCCCUGAGUGGUUCCGCCCAUGUGGGACGUUCUAGGACGGCGUGGGCCAACGUCAACGUGAACAAAUCCAACGCCAGCAAGAGAAAGACGGGCAGGGGGCUGCCCUACCACGUCCCAAAGGCCUUUCUCAAGCCCUCCAAGGCAAUCUGGCCAGAGGACGAGCGGCCCUUUUACCUGUACGUCCAGGACCCAGCCAAUGUUCGAUUGGUGGUGACCCUUUACGACGACGACGUCAUCGGGGACGGCUCCGUAAUCAGCAGCACCUCUGUCGAUCUGAGGGAGCUCAUGCCGAAGGUCGGAGGGGAUCUGGUGGAGACCAUCAAGAACGACGUCAUCCGGUCCCUGGUGGAAAAGGCCAGGGCCACCGGGGAGGCCCCGCAGAUCGAUGCCUCGGAACUCAACAACAAGAUCGCGGACGCAAUACGUGACACGGUUGAGCAGGACUACAAGUGGGAGGGCGAGCUCAAGAUGACCACCAAGCCCAAGCUGGAAAACAAGAACGGACAGAUGGCUGCCGGUGCCGCAGCCGGGGCCAUGGUUGCCGGCCCCAUCGGUGCCGCCGCGGGAGCCGCCUUUGGGGCCUUUUACGAGGGCCCGGCCAAGGGCCAGGCAAAGCUGAGGCUCCGGUACCUGCCGGUUCCCCCGUCGGCGCCCCCAAAGACGGAUCGGUACGAGGUACUGGGGGGCAUGCCGGGGAUCACCUGGGGCGAGCUCUACGAAAAGAAGCUGCGAGAACGCGACGACAAUCUCGUGAGCGAGGAACUCAAGACUCUCGGGGGAAGCGACCUCGAGUUUUGUUUCUUUAUCAACCACGACCAAACGGGGGCCACCGUAGGGGUCUACCGGUCUCUGGAAGAAAAACGCAUCGUCGUCAGCUUCCGCGGAACCUGCCAGCCGAUCGAUCUGCUGACGGACGCCUCCAUCUUCCAGGUCCCAUGGGUCGAAGGAGACUACGACGAACAGUUUUUGAAGAACGUCGACCACGAGAACUUUCCUAUGGUCCACGUGGGGUUCCGAAAGUCGAUGGAUUCUAUCUCGCGGCGACUGAAAACGCUGGUGCUGGGAUCCGUCGGCGAGGGCGAGUCGAUCUCCGACUACGAGGUUCUGGUCACGGGCCACUCCCUGGGAGGGGCCCUGGCGACGUUGUUUACGGCCGACAUUGCCGAGAGCGGCAUCGAUGCCGGCCGAUCCCUCCCGCAGAAGGCGCCGUCCGAGCCAUGGUGGAAGGGAAUCGCCAGCACGCUCGGAGGGAAGAAGAACGAGUCGCCGUUGGCACCACCCAAGGCCCCGCCCCGGCCAAAGUCUCUCAAGAUGUACAAUUUCGGGUCCCCCCGGGCUGGGAACUCCGCUUUUGCGAAGCAGUUCGAUGGUUUUCUCGAAAAGGGCUACAUCGACGAGUCCUACCGAAUCGUCAACUCCCAGGAUAUUAUCGCCCGUGUCCCACGGCCCACAGGCAUUAUGAACGUCGACUACGAGCACUGUGGAAAGACCGUCCUGAUCGAGGAGCAGGCCACCGAUCCCAUCUGGAUCGAGGGCGAAUCGGAUUUUGAACGAAUAGACCCCGUCCGCGACGUCCGGUCGGUCACCAAGGGGAUCCUAUCGGAGGGAAUGCUCCUAGACGACCUCGUCAAGGCCGCGAACUCCAUGACGACUCCCGGCGAGAGCGAUGGGGAGAACCAGGCGGACGGAGGCGAAAGCAGUGGCGGCGGGAACAACUCGGUCUUUUCCCAGAUGAAGGGUGUCGCCGAUCGCCUGAAAAAAGUUGACAUGUCGGAUUUGACUUCGUUGGUAGGCAUCGACAAGUCCUACUCGACCCGAGAACUCGAGCUGGCUCAGAGCUUUCUAAAGGGGGAAUCCCUGGCCCACCACAUGGAGGAUUCGUACUACUUGGGCAUGGGCCGGGCCGUGGGCUACAACACGACUGUCGGAGAAGAGAUCGUCCGUGUUUGAUGCAAUGUGUGCAAUAAUUACAUGAGCAUCGA